AUGCCCAAGGUCCACGCAACCUCGGCAUGCCUUGGUGACACAGUCAAUUUGGAAAUAGAGGUUGCCCAAUCAGAAGGCACGGUUUCAGUCACGUGGAGACAUGGAGCGGAUUUGUUAUAUCAGGACGAGCAUUACGUCAAGAGUGAAGGAGGGAGGAAGCUGACUAUCUUGGACGUACUUCCUCCUCAUUCAGGCCUUUAUCAUGCCCGUGUUCAGGAUGACAAAAGUGUUGUUAAUGUUGGUUUUACAGUUGAUGUCAAAGACAUAUUCAUGCGUCUUCAAGUAAAAAGCCACGUCCGUGUCCCCUUUAGAGGUACAGUUAAGCUAAAAGUGUCCAGAUCUAACGAAGGUGUCUUAUGGUGGACGCACGAUGGAGAGCUUGUCAAAGCAACAGAAUAUUCUCCCGACAACGAAGUAAAAAAAAGUGACCAUUACCACUUUCAUGGGACAACAAGAAAUUUCUUAGAGAUCUCAGAUGUGCAUCCAGAGCAUGCUGGGAAAUAUGAGGCGAUAUUGAAGAGCGGUGCCUGCGAAGUACGGAAUAUUAUGCAAGUCGAUAUAGGGGAAUUUGAUACGGAAGCAGACAAAUUCAAAGUCUUCACAGGUCCCGUGGUGACAAUUAUAGCGGGAACAGCAACUAUAGUAGUAGUGGUGCUGAUAGUCGUUGCAUUGUUUUAUGUGCGCGCAAAACUAGAAGAAAAACAGGGGAACAAUAAUACUAUAGUUUCCUUAGCACAACACAUCCUAGAGCCGAUUUACAGUACAAUAGAAGACACUAAAUUUGAUAUAAAAGASCGCAGUUGUGACAAUCAAGACGGUUUGACUGACCAGCUGUUCCACGACGAAGCACCGCAGUGAAACAGGAUUUGUGUGGAGUCGUUGCCGGGUGUUGUGGGAAUGUUUGGAGGCAACAAGAAUAAAGCUAUACUAGAACUAACACAACUGAAGGUGUAGCAAUUUUAGUACAUUGUCACCAAUAAAAUAAAAAGCCUCUAUAGUGUAUGUGUGGCUGAAGUAC